AUGACUGGGCUAAGGGCCAAGGUGGAAGCUGCCAAUGAUGCAGAAGAACGCUCGAAAGAUGAUCUCGACCAGCUCUGGGAACAGCUCGAGUUGAAGACGGAAGAAGUGCAGAAGUUCAGGCAGAAAGAGGCCAAGAUUCAAUCUCAGAUAAACGAUACUGAGAAAGAAUACACCGAAAACGAGGGCAAGAUCGCUCAUUGGCAGGCCGAACAUGAUAAAUUGAGAUUGAAAGAGAUAGAUGACGACAACGACGGUGAUGAGGGCGAUGACGAUGAAGCUAGUGAGGAUAGCGUUAAGGAAGGCAAGGGAGACAAUCAGGUGGACCAAAUGGACGUCGAUGAUGGUGACGAAGGCAUCAAAGCCGAACCAGAUGCUCCUACGAGGAAGAAAAAAGCUCCCGACGACCCGACCAAGCCACCAGAGCUGUCUGAGGAAGAACUCAAGAAGUUCAAAAAACGAGAUUUAAUGGUUGAUAUCGAGUAUCUAGAAGAUAAAGUGAAGCGUGCAAGGCCUAACUUGAACGUCCUCGACGAAUACAGGAAGAGAAUGGAUGAAGUAUUCAGCCGACAUAACGAGGUCGAGAAAGUGACUAAGGAACGGGAUGACAAGAAGAAACAGUACGACGACCUUCGAAAACAACGUCUCGAGGAAUUCAUGGCGGGAUUCAGCGCGAUCUCUUUGAAACUGAAAGAGAUGUAUCAGAUGAUUACUAUGGGUGGGAAUGCUGAACUGGAGUUAGUCGACAGCAUGGAUCCUUUCUCUGAGGGUAUCAUUUUCAGUGUCAUGCCGCCGAAGAAGAGCUGGAAGAACAUAUCCAAUUUGUCGGGCGGUGAAAAGACACUGAGCUCCCUUGCUCUCGUCUUUGCCCUCCAUGUUUUCAAGCCCACACCUUUAUAUUUCAUGGACGAGAUUGAUGCUGCCUUGGACUUCCGCAACGUUUCGAUCGUCGCAAACUAUAUCAAGGACAGGACGAAGAACGCUCAGUUCAUUAUCAUUUCCCUUCGUAACGACAUGUUUGAGCUCAGUCAGAGGUUGAUUGGUAUCUAUAAGACUGCUAACGUAACCCAAAGUAUAUCUAUUGACAAUCAUGCUUUGGCCGCACGGCCAGUAGCCGCCGUUCCGUCAUAA